UUAUAGGGAAAGGGGCUAAGGAGCCAAGGAUAUUUCAUUAAAAUGUCAAAAGAUUUAUCAGCAACACCUGAAAUCCCUAAAGAAGAUGGCAGACCCAAGUGGGACAAUAAGUUCCAGUAUAUUUUAAGCUGUAUCGGAUUUGCUGUUGGUCUGGGGAACGUGUGGCGAUUUCCAUACUUGUGUCAGAUACAUGGAGGCGGGGCUUUCCUGAUCCCAUACUUCAUUGCUCUUUUCUUCGAAGGAAUCCCACUGUUGCAUCUUGAAUUGGCCCUAGGACAGUGCCUGAGGAAAGGCAGCAUUGGUGCCUGGAACACUGUCUCGCCUUACCUUGGAGGCGUUGGUGUUGGUUCGUGGGUGGUGUCCAUUCUGGUGAGCCUAUACUACAACACUGUUUUAACCUGGGUGAUGUGGUAUCUCAUAAACUCCUUCCAAGAACCUCUUCCUUGGAGUGUUUGUCCUCUAAAUGCAAACAGAACAGGGUUCAACAAAGAAUGCUAUGAAAGCACUGCAGUAAAUUAUUUUUGGUAUAGGAAGACUUUGAACAUAACACCUGAUAUCGCUGAGAAUGGCACAUUACAGUGGUGGCUCAUUUUGUGCUUAGCAACUUGCUGGGCAAUUGUCUAUCUCUGCACCAUCCGAGGAAUUGAAACCACAGGAAAGGCAAUUUACGUAACAGCAAUAUUUCCUUACCUGGUCCUGACUAUAUUCCUUAUUCAAGGACUCACUCUACCAGGAGCCACAGAUGGUCUGGCUUACCUCUUCACCCCUAAUCUGAACACCUUGAAAAAUCCCCGUGUAUGGCUUGAUGCAGCUACCCAGAUUUUCUUCUCUCUCUCUUUGGCUUUUGGAGGGCUUAUUGCAUUCUCAAGCUACAAUCUGCCAAAAAAUGACUGUGAAAAGGAUGCUGUGACAGUAGCAAUUGUGAACAGCAUGACAUCCCUCUACGCUUCCAUUCCAGUCUUUUCUGUUUUGGGGUUUAAAGCAACCACAGCCUACUGGGACUGCUUGGACAGGAACAUUAUGAGUAUCAUUAAUGAAUUUGAUCUUCCGGAAGAGAGCAUCAUGCGACAAAACUAUACCUCCUGGAUCAGUUUCCUGAAUUCAUCACAUCCAGAAAAAAUUGCUGGACUCAAACUGAAGAGCUGUGACCUUCAAGAAUUUCUUGAUCAGAGUGUAUCAGGAACCGGCUUGGCUUUCAUCGUUUUCACUCAAGCUAUCAUUCUCAUGCCAGGCUCCCAGGCCUGGGCCAUCCUGUUUUUCAUAAUGUUGUUCAGCCUGGGCCUUUCUUCGAUGUUUGGAAACAUCGAGGGUGUCUUCACUCCUCUUCUAGAGCUUCAAAUUGUAUCUAAAUCAACACCUAAAGAGUUAUUAUCUGGUAUAAUAUGUCUAAUUAGCUUCCUCAUUGCUCUGUGUUUUACACUGGGUUCAGGGAGUUACUGGAUUGACAUUUUUGACAGAUAUGCAGGCUCAGUGCCUCUUCUAGUCAUUGCUUUCUUUGAAGUAAUUGGAGUUGUGUAUGUCUACAAAAUUAAAAGGUUCAGUAAAGAUGUGAAAUGGAUGACUGGUCGAAAACUCAAUCUCUACUGGCAAAUCACAUGGAGGUUUAUCAGCCCUCUGCUCUUGCUAAUUGUCUUCAUGGCCUUUGUUGCUCUUCAGAUGCUGAGGCCGCCAAGUUACGCAGCCUGGAACCCUAAAUAUGAAGGCUUCCCCAUGAAAGAGGAGAAAGUUUAUCCACCUUGGGUACAGGCAAUCUGUGUGCUGUUAGCUGCCCUUCCCUGCACGUGUAUACCUCUGGUAGCACUCUUCCAUCUGAUCAAACAAAAGCGCAGAAGCAAGGACACAAGCCUUGUAUCAGCAGAAGUAUUUUCAUGUCAGGGGGCUAAUAGCAACUUUCCUCAUCCAAAAGAAUAAAUACCCAUCGUAUUGCUCUGCAAGCAAAAAUAAGCCUUUGUUAGGCACGAUGAGCUGUCAUAUGGUAUUAUCAACCAACCUGGUAUAUGCAGUUCAUACACUUACAGCCAAUCACUAUUACUAUAUAAACAGUAGUGCUAUGUUUCCUUUAAUUUCAACCUAUUUCACUGCAGUUACAUUAAUAAAAUUGUCCCUCCUGCAUCCUGUCCUAAAUCCUGCACACUAACCUAGUACCAGCCCCAUUGCUUUAACUCUUCUUAUGCACAGGAGGUUGCUGCUGCAGCAGCUGUGUGAGGGGGAUACUAAAUCUAAAAA